ACAGUGUAUGCACCUCGUUACCAGUCUUAGGAAGUCAUUCGUGUAUUUUUCGAAGACCUGUGACAUUAUCAAUAUCUAUCAUGGCUACACCAAGGGCUCUUGAGAGCCCGGACCUGUACAACAUCGGCUGGAUUACCGCCUUGCCCAUCGAGCGAGCCGCAUCGACUGCAAUGCUUGACGAACGUCAUGAUAAGCCCCGUGGUUUCGUCCAGCACCCAAGUGACACGAACGCGUACACUUGGGGCAGGAUUGGCGAACAUUACCUUGUCAUCGCCUCGCUUCCUGCAGGCCAAAUUGGGACCACUCCCGCCGCGACAACGGCAUCGAACCUACUCGCCUCCUUGCCACAGAUUCGAGUCGCCUUGCUGGUGGGCAUCGGUGGCGGUAUCGCGCGGCCAGAGGAGGGAAGGGAUAUAAGGCUCGGAGACAUUGUGGUCAGUCAGCCACAAGGGACAACCGGCGGCGUGGUGCAGUAUGACCUGGGGAAGGCGAAGCUCAACAAGGAGUGGGAGCGGAGAGGAUUCCUCAGCGCACCACCACCGGUCCUGCUGCAUGCAUUGGCAGCGAUACAGGCCGAAUACGAACUCGGGGAGUCAAGGAUAGCGGAAUUCCUCGACGGCACGCCAAAGCUAAAGAAGGGCGUGAGCGGGUACUCUCACCAAGGCUUUGAGAAUGACCGGCUCUUUAAAGCCUCCUUUGAUCAUACAGGCGCGGCAAAUUGCGCCAACUGCAAAGAUGAGGAGGUGAUAGAACGCAUUCAGCGGGAUACUACCGAUCCAGAAGUUCAUUACGGCAUCAUUGCCUCCGGGAAUACCGUGGUGAAGAACGCUCUUAUUCGUGACGAGAUCGUCCAGGAAGUCGGUGAGGAAUGCAUGUGUUUUGAAAUGGAAGCAGCCGGCCUGAUGAAUCAUUUUCCGUGUCUCGUGAUACGGGGAAUCUGUGAUUAUGCUGAUUCGCAUAAGAACGAUCGAUGGCAACGCUAUGCUUCUGCUACAGCAGCGGCUUAUGCAAAAGACCUCCUAGGCUAUGUGCCAAUUAGAGGGCUUCAGGAAACACCGCGAGCUCUGGAUAUUCUUAGGUCAGGUGGGUUCACCUAGAGUACGAGCCAACAUCUACUGACUACUACCAAGUCCGCCAGAAUAUCCAGGAGAUACACACUAUCGCCAGCGAGACAAAGUCGGGAAUCAAAAGCCUUCAAUCGGACAGCCACCACGCGAAGCUCAAGACGUGGCUCUUGCCCCCUGAUGUAUCCACCAACC